AUGUCCGGCGCAAGGCACUGGGAACAAGACAAGGAGGCAACAGUAUACAUUGGGAAUCUCGAUGAGCGAGUCACAGACAGGCUGGUGUGGGAGCUGAUGCUUCAGGCCGGCCGUAUUGUUAACGUACACCUCCCCAAAGACCGCGUCACGCAAACGCACCAAGGCUACGGCUUCGUCGAGUUUAAUAGCGAAGAGGAUGCCGAAUAUGCGUCCAGGAUCAUGAACCAAGUACGUCUAUACGGCAAGCCAAUUCGAGUCAACAAGGCGUCUGCCGACAAGCAGAAAACAGUCGAAGUUGGUGCGGAGCUGUUCGUUGGGAAUUUGGACCCUAUGGUAUCAGAGCAGGUGCUAUACGAUACGUUCAGUCGAUUUGGAUCUUUGAUAUCACUUCCCAAGGUUGCCCGAGACGAUGCGAACUUAUCCAAAGGCUAUGGAUUCAUAUCUUUCUCCAAUUUCGAGGCUUCCGAUGAUGCUAUCACCAACAUGAAUGGGCAAUAUCUGAUGAAUAAGGAGAUAACCGUUCAAUACGCCUACAAGAAAGAUGGAAAAGGAGAGAGACAUGGUGAUGAAGCCGAGCGAAUGCUUGCUGCGCAGGCACGGAAACACAACGUCCAGCCUCAAUCACAGCAAUCGCUACCUCCCCAAUUUGCCGGCGGUACUGGCCCUGCUCCUGGCGGUGCUGGUGGACAAAAUGGGCCUCCUGCCGUGCCUCCGGGGCAGGCGAUGGAAGCUGAACCGCCACGACCGCCGAUGAAUGUUGGACCAACACCGCCCGACUUUGGCGCUGGCAGAGGCAUGGCCCCCCCAGUGAUGAACGGGGGAUAUCCGAACAUGAAUAUGGCCGGUCCACUCCCACACCAUCGCGCACCACAUGCGCCGCACCCACCACCACACCCAUCUCAACCACUAGUUACACCUCCGCCAGGACUUCCUGCACGCCCUCCGCCAUCUCAAGCUGGCUAUGGCGGGCCCCCUCCAGGAUUUCCUGCUCAGCCACCUCGAUUUGGUCAGCCUCCGCCUGCUGGUUUCGCUCCACCUCCUGUUGGAGGGCCACCUGGCCCGGGUGGCCCGCCAGCCCAGCUACCGCCUGGAUUUCAACAACAGGGAUACGGCCGCGGUCGUUGA